GAAGGGAGGGGAAUGCCCUCUUUUACAUUUUAUUUAUAUCGUCUUAGGCCAAAAACAAGAUUAUUUGGUUAUUUUUUAGGGAAAUGUGCGUGUCCCCCUUAUCCUCCUUCCUCCCUCGUUUCCCUCCUCCCUCAUCUUCCUCUUCUUCAUAUCCUUGCUAAUGCUUUUCCCCUCUCAUUUAAGCAGCCGACAAGAGCUCAUCAUCAUUGUAAAUGAAGAAAUAAUGCUUGUCUUUUUUUACUUUUUUUGUUUAAAUUCCCGACUCAGUCUUAUUUAUUUAUUGAAAGGCCGGCUAAGUUUUCUUAAUGGAUAGUGCUGGAUAUGGCUAAGGAGCUAGCUCCGGAGCCUACUUUUCCUUCAUUUUUGGAACCUUCAUCGUCCCUCAUUUCCCUCAAUUUCGGAGCCUAACUCGUCCCUCAUUCCUGGAACCCUCAUUUCUGGGACCGCUCCUCAUGAGCCAAGAUUAUUCCUAGUUUGAUACCCAGAACUGUUCCGAGUCUAGUUGAUAAAGCAUACUUGUGAACUAUUUUUGGGAUGCCACUGCUUUUACCCUUCCUUGCCAUAUAAAUUCGGAGCUACAUGCUCUGAAGCUACCUUUUCCCUCAUUUUUGGAGCCUUUCUCAUCCCU